AACACUUCCUUCCUUGAAAUUUCUCUUCAAUUCUAUCUUCACCAUUAACAUAUAUCUAUGGCUUCUUCUCAUCAUAAUAACCCUAAGGAAACCCUACCAAGCCAUGUUGAGAUCCCUGUAAUUAACCCUAAUGAAGAAGAAGACCACAUCAACACCAUUAACUACUCUCAAAGGGCACAAUGGCUUAGGGCUGCAAUGUUAGGAGCCAAUGAUGGGCUGGUUACUGUGACUUCACUCAUGAUAGGUGUUGGUGCUGUCAGACAAGACAUCAGAGCCAUGCUCCUCGCCGGCUUCGCGGGUCUAGUCGCCGGAGCUUGUAGCAUGGCCAUAGGGGAGUUUGUGUCAGUGUACACUCAGAGAGACAUAGAGUUAGCUCAGAUGAAGAGAGAAAGAGCAGCUAACAACAACACAAAAGAGGUUGAAGAUGAUGAGAAGGACAAGCUUCCGAAUCCAGUUCAGGCUGCCGCAGCAUCAGCGCUGGCAUUUUCCGCCGGUGCAGUGGUGCCGCUGGUCGGAGCUGUGUUUAUAAGGGAUUAUAGGGUGAGGAUGGCGGUGGUGGCUGCCCUGGCUAGCUUGGCAUUGAUGGUUUUCGGUGGCGUCGGAGCGGUGAUCGGAAAAACUUCAGUGAGAGGGUCUUGUGUUAGGGUUGUGAUCGGAGGUUGGAUGGCCAUGGCUAUCACUUUUGGCUUGACCAAGUUAAUUGGCUUCACCGGACUUUGAUUAUUAUGAAUAUUAUUAAGUCUGUCAUGAAGCAAAUGAAUGCACAAACUUGCAUGCUAGGUCAACAAAUAGUACGGAAAAUCAUUUUAAUUUUUCUUUCUUUCUUUGUUUCUUUUUCUUUUUUCUUUUUCCCUUUACUGAUCCUCCCAGAUAAUGUAGGGGUUGUUGGAUUGAAUGAGAUAAGCAGAGGAAUUAGUUCCCUCUAA